GAAGACUUCACCCAAUGGGCAAAAGAACAUGGAAUUAAGAUUUGCGGUGUCAAGGCCCAUGAGAUUCCGUCCCAUGGCAUUGGAAUAGUUGCAACUCGAGAUUUGCGGGAGGGCGAACGUGUCUUGUUCAUUCCUCGCUCUGCGAUGGUCACACCGGCUUCAAAAGGAGCGAAACAAUUACGGCUCCCAGAAGCAUCCAGUGGCCAGACUCGAAUCGCGGCGUAUCUCACUUUAUCCUCUCAAUGUGAGGAAUUUGGAUUCCGCGAUUGGCAAAGGACAUGGCCAUCUAUCGAAGCGCUCCAAGCUUCCAUUCCUUUUUUUUGGCCCGUUGAGCUCCAAUCGUUGCUUCCACCAAGUGCAGUCGCACUGCUCAAACAUCAAAGUCUUUUAAUCUCAGAGUCAUGGCGUCAGGUCAAACACCUUGUACCGAAAGCAUCGAAGAGCCGUUUCCUCUAUUACUAUUUCAUCAUCAACUCGCGUACCAUGUAUUGGCGCGAUACCGAUAGUGGAAACCACCGCUCGACUUCUGCGGCUAACAAUCUCGCACUGUGUCCUUUCCUUGACUUUUUGAAUCAUUCGCCGUCGUGCCAGCCGGCAACACGCACCGACCAGGGGUAUGAAAUUCGAACCGAGCGACCUUAUGUAGCUGGCGAAGAGAUAUUCGUGUCCUACGGAGCGCAUGGAAACGAUUUCUUGCUCGUGGAAUAUGGAUUUCUGCCGGAACCGGGAACAAACGUGUGGGACUCCCUCAGCAUUGAUCACUUUAUCAUUCCCGCCUUAAGCACCGGGCAAAACGACACCUUGGCAAGAUAUGGGUUUCUAGGAGACUAUACUUUAUUCCUCGGGACUCCUGCCACGGAACAACCUGAGCCGUGCUUCCGGACCCUAGUCGCCCUGUUCCUCAUU